UUCGUUCCCCGGAACCAAGUGGCAGGUACAGAGCGGUUUCUCGGUGAGCCUGUUUACGUGCGACACAGACAGCCACACAUGUGGGGACAAUCAUGGCUAGUGGAGAUGUGCUCGGUGUUCUGGAAGAGUGUGUAAAGAAAAUAAAUGCCAACACAGCACAGCCAGAAAACUUCCUCGGCCUUCAAGAUGAAGUGGCAACAGACUUUACCUCCAUCACUAAGACUCUGUAUGACCUCCACAAAGCUCAGGAACCUGGACAUUAUACAGGAAGCCCGCUAGCUCAGCUGGUUGUGGAAAAUUUUGAUGAAGAACAGAUUUGGCAGGAGCUAGAGCUGCAGAACAAAGCCGUACUGAAACACUUUAAAAACACCAUAGACGAAGCUUUAGCAGAUGAGACGUUAACUGUGCUGGAGGAAGAGGAGCAGGAAGAGAGUGGUCAAGAAGAAGAAGGAGCAUCAGCAGAUAAUGAUGACGAUGAAGAAGAAGAGGAGGAGGAACAAGAAUUGGAACCACCGAGACGGACAAAGAAAAUGGCUGUGGAGGAAGACGAUAACACAGAGGAUGACUCUGAUUUGGAUUUUGAUGUGGAUGCUCUGGAGAAAAAAGAGAAACAGAAGAAGGAUACAGGAAGGAAGGCAUCCAAAGCAAAAGUGGUGCCCUCUGAGGUUGAUGAUAAGUUCUUUAAACUGUCAGAGAUGGAGGCAUUUUUGGAUGAUAUGGACAAGCGCGAGGGAAAGGAGGAUGAAGAUGACGUAGACUAUUUUCAGGAUCUGCCCUCAGAUGAGGAUGAUGAUCUUGACCUAGAGCAAAUCAUUUCCACCAAAAAGCAAAAGAAAAAUACUGUGAAGAGCUCCAGGAAUCUCAAGUACAAGGACUUCUUUGACGCCGUGAACAGCGAACCCGCUAAAACAGACGACCCGUCAGAUGGAGAGGAUGACAGCGUGGAUGAAAGCCAGGAGGAAGGUGAAGAAGUAAUAGAUGACGACUAUGAUGGCGAAGAGGAGGGUGAUGAUGAGGAAGAGGAGAGGGGUCAGUCUAGGUCGUCUCAUAAGAAAGUGACCUUUAAUCUCUCGGAUGAUGAAGACAGCGAGGGAGAGGAUGUGGAGGACAUUUUGGGAGGAAAAGCCAAAGGCUCAGCCAAGUCUGAAGCAAAAUCAUCGUUUGAGAAACGGCAAGAAAAGAUGUCCCAGAAGAUUGAAGAGCUAGAGAAAGCAGCUUUAGCAGAGAAACCCUGGCAGCUGUCCGGAGAAGUAACUGCACAGACCCGUCCUGAAAACAGCAUGCUGGAGGAAGACGUGGCGUUUGAGCAGACGUCCAGGACGGCCCCUGCAAUCACAGAAGAAACUACACUACAGCUGGAAGACAUCAUCAAACAGAGAAUUAAAGACCAAGCUUUCGAUGACGUGGUUCGCAAAGAGAAGCCUAAGGAGGAGGUGUUUGAGUACAAGAAGAGGCUCACGUUGGACCAUGAGAAGAGCAAGCAGAGUUUAGCAGAAAUCUAUGAGCAAGAAUAUCUCAAGCAGAAUCAGCAAAAAACGGAGGAGGAGGAGAACCCAGCCCAUGUAGAAAUUCAGAAGCUUAUGGACACACUCUUCCUAAAGUUAGAUGCUCUUUCCAACUUCCACUUCACACCUAAGCCGCCCGUUCCUGAGGUCAAAGUGGUGUCUAAUUUGCCAUCCAUUACAAUGGAGGAGGUGGCUCCUGUCAGCACUAGUGAUGCUACGCUACUCGCACCAGAAGAAAUCAAGGAGAAGAACAAAGCGGGAGAUUUGCUGGGAGCGACAGAGAAGACAUCAACAGACAAGAAACGUGAGAGGCGCAACAAAAAGAAGGUUAAGCGAUUGAAGAUCAAAGAGAAGGAAAAGAAACAGAAACUUAAAGAGGCCAAUAAAACAGAGGAGAACAAAAAGCCAUCGAAGGCUCAAGUGACAGAAACCCUCAAGAAAGUCACAAAAGGAGGCAAAGCGACGAUACUCAAGGACGAGGGGAAGGACAAGGCUCUGCGGUCCUCUCAAGCGUUCUUCUCUCAGCUGCAGGACCAGGUCAAAAGUCAGAUCAAAAGCGCAAAGGACCAGCCUUCAAAGAAGAAGAAGAAAAACAAAGAGGUUUCUGUUAGCAAACUCAAGUUAUAAUAGCUGUGAUGGUUUGUUAGGGAUUAGCAAUGAUUUAUUGUAUAUAUUUUUAUGAAAAUGCAAAAUAAAUGUUAUGUCUGAAAUUCUUGUAACAUUUUGAUUAAAAAUAAUCAGGAUUACAGA